AUGCGUUCUUCUCAACUCUUGGCACUCAAACGCGUCGUCACUCGUGUCCCCACCACUCGUGCAAUGUCUACUUCGCAAUGGCGGCAAUUUAAUUCCUCUCCUCAGGCUUGGGCCCAGCACCUUGGCCUCGACAAGUCCGCCCCUGCCACCCCUGGCACUCCCGGCUCCCCCGGCACCCCUAUCCAGACCGUCGACCGCGUCCGUAAGCAGCAGGCUGGCCACAAUGGCCCCCUCAAGAAGGUCCUCGUCGCCAACCGUGGUGAGAUCGCCAUCCGUGUCUUCCGUACUGCUCACGAGCUCGCCAUGAGCACGGUCGCCAUCUACUCGCACGAGGACCGCAUGUCCGCCCACCGUUACAAGUCGGACGAGUCCUACCUCGUCGGCAAGGGCCUCGCCCCCGUCGCCGCCUACCUCUCGCAGGACGACAUCAUCCGCAUUGCCCUCGAGCACGGUGUGGACAUGAUUCACCCCGGCUACGGCUUCCUUUCUGAGAACGCCGAGUUCGCCAAGAAGGUUGAGGCCGCCGGCAUUGCCUUCAUCGGUCCCCGCCCCGAGACCAUUGACGCUCUUGGAGACAAGACCAAGGCCCGUGACGUCGCUAUCAAGACCAAGGUCCCCGUCGUCCCCGGUACCCCCGGCCCCGUCGAGUCCUACAAGGAGGCUGAGUCCUUCAUCAAGGAGUACGGUUUCCCCGUCAUCAUCAAGGCUGCCAUGGGUGGUGGUGGCCGUGGUAUGCGUGUCGUCCGCGACGAGGCUUCGUUCAAGGACAACUUCGAGCGUGCCGUCUCCGAGGCCAAGUCCGCCUUCGGUGACGGAACUGUCUUCAUUGAGCGUUUCCUCGACAAGCCCCGCCACAUUGAGGUCCAGCUUCUUGCCGACUCGCAGGGCAACUGUGUCCACCUCUUCGAGCGUGACUGCUCCGUUCAGCGUCGUCACCAGAAGGUCGUUGAGGUCGCCCCCGCCCCUCACCUUGACGAGAACACCCGCCAGGCUAUCCUCAGCGACGCUCUGAAGCUCGCCCACGCCGUCGGCUACCGCAACGCCGGUACCGCCGAGUUCCUCGUCGACCAGCAGAACCGCCACUACUUCAUCGAGAUCAACCCUCGUAUCCAGGUCGAGCACACCAUCACUGAGGAGAUCACCGGCAUUGACAUUGUCGCUGCCCAGAUCCAGAUCGCCGCCGGCGUCACCCUUGAGCAGCUCGGCCUUACCCAGGACCACAUCCACCGCCGUGGCUUCGCUAUCCAGUCCCGUAUCACCACUGAGGACCCCGCUGCCGGCUUCCAGCCCGACACCGGAAAGAUCGAGGUCUACCGCUCGGCCGGUGGUAACGGUGUCCGUCUCGAUGCCGCCUCUGGUUACGCUGGUGCCCAGAUCACCCCCCACUACGACUCUCUCCUCGUCAAGUGCUCCGUCUCUGGUGCCACCUACGAGGUCGCUCGCCGCAAGAUGCUCCGUGCGCUCAUUGAGUUCCGUAUCCGUGGUGUCAAGACCAACAUCCCCUUCCUCAUCCGUCUCCUCACCCACCCCGUCUUCGAGUCUGGCCGCACCUGGACCACCUUCAUCGACGACACUCCCGAGCUCUUCAAGCUCGUCCAGUCGCAGAACCGUGCCCAGAAGCUUCUUGCUUACCUCGGUGACCUCACCGUCAACGGCUCGUCCAUCAUGGGCCAGUCUGGUGAGCCCGGCCUCAAGACCGAGGCCCUCAUCCCCUCGAUCGUCGACAAGGACGGCAAGAAGGUCGACACCUCUGUCUCGCAGCAGAAGGGCUGGCGUAACAUUAUUGUCAACGAGGGCCCCGAGGCCUUCGCCAAGGCUAUCCGCGCUUACCCCGGAUGCCUGAUCAUGGACACCACCUGGCGUGACGCCCACCAGUCGCUCCUCGCGACCCGUAUGCGUACCGUCGACAUGGCCAACAUUGCCAAGGAGACCUCGCACGCUCUCGCCAACGCCUACUCGCUUGAGUGCUGGGGUGGCGCCACCUUCGACGUCGCUAUGCGCUUCCUCUACGAGGACCCCUGGGAGCGUCUCCGCACUCUCCGCAAGCUUGUUCCCAACAUUCCCCUCCAGGCUCUUGUUCGUGGUGCCAACGCUGUCGGUUACACCUCGUACCCCGACAACGCCAUCUACGAGUUCUCCAAGAAGGCUGUUGAGAACGGUCUUGACAUCUUCCGUGUCUUCGACUCGCUCAACUACUUCGAGAACCUCAAGGUCGGUAUUGACGCCGCCAAGAAGGCCGGUGGUGUCGUUGAGGGUACCAUCUGUUACUCUGGCGACGUUGCCAACCCCAAGAAGACCAAGUACACCCUUGACUACUACCUCGACCUGACCAACAAGCUCGUUGGCGAGGGUAUCCACGUCCUCGGUAUCAAGGACAUGGCUGGUCUCCUCAAGCCCGAGGCUGCCACCAUGCUCGUUGGCGCCAUCCGCAAGGCUCACCCCAACCUCCCCAUCCACGUCCACUCGCACGACACUGCCGGUAUCGCCGUCGCUUCCAUGCUCGCCGCUGCCAAGGCCGGUGCCGACGUUGUCGACGUUGCCAUUGACGACCUCUCUGGUCUCACCUCGCAGCCCGCCAUGGGUGCCGUCUGCGCUGCCCUCGAGCAGUCCAACCUCGGCCCCGGCAUCUCGCACGAGAACAUUACUGCCCUCAACACCUACUGGUCGCAGAUCCGUCAGCUCUACCAGUGCUUCGAGGCCAACGUCCGUGCCUCCGACUCUGGUGUCUUUGACCACGAGAUGCCCGGUGGCCAGUACACCAACCUCCAGUUCCAGGCUUCGCAGCUCGGCCUCGGCACCCAGUGGAUCGAGAUCAAGAAGGCCUACCAGGAGGCUAACCAGCUCUGUGGUGACAUUGUCAAGGUCACCCCCUCGUCCAAGGUUGUUGGAGACUUUGCCCAGUUCAUGGUCUCGAACAAGCUUACCCCCGAGGAGGUCAUCGAGCGCGCUGACAAGCUCGACUUCCCCUCGUCGGUCGUCGAGUUCUUCCAGGGCUACCUCGGCCAGCCCGUCGGCGGCUUCCCCGAGCCUCUCCGCUCCAAGAUCAUCCGCGACAAGCCCAAGAUCGACCAGCGCCCCGGUCUCUCGAUGAAGCCCCUCGACUUCAAGAAGAUCAAGGCCGAGCUCCGUGAGCAGUACGGCAACCAGAUCAACGACAACGACGUCAUGUCGUACGUCAUGUACCCCGCUGUCUUCAAGGAGUUCCAGAAGUUCCUCGAGUCGUACGGCGACCUUUCGGUCGUCCCGACCCGCUGGUUCCUGGGCAAGCCUCAGAUUGGCGAGGAGAUGGCCAUCCCCAUCGAGCAGGGCAAGACCCUGACCGUCAAGCUCUUAGCUGUUGGACCCCUCGACACUAACAAGGGUACCCGUGAGGUCUUCUGGGAGCUCAACGGAGAGACCCGCGCCGUUGUUGUUACCGACAAGAACGCCGCUGUCGAGGUCGUCACCCGUGAGAAGGCCACGUCCGAGCCCGGCUCCGUCGGCGCCCCCAUGGGCGGUGUCGUCGUCGAGGUCCGCGUCAAGGAGGGCCAGGACGUCAAGGCCGGCGACCCCAUUGCCGUUCUGUCCGCUAUGAAGAUGGAGUCCGUCGUGUCCGCCCCCGUGUCCGGAAAGGUUGCGCGCGUGCUCGUCGCCGAGAACGACUCGCUCGGCUCUGGCGAUCUUAUGGUCGAGAUUACCCACUAG